AUGUCGACCCAUCCACGCCUCCUGACCAUCCACGACCUCUUCCUCAAGGCUUCUUCCUCUCCCUCGACUGCUAAGGCUUCCGAUCAACAACAGAGCGACAUCCUCUCUUUUGUUGGACAAGUAGCCCACUCCAUCAGCUCGUCCCAGAUCUCUCGUCUCCUAGCAGCAAAACAAGAUCAGGAACUACUAGAUCAGCAACUGGACAGACUCCCUCUUCACUCAGACGCCCUAUCAACGUUCAAGGCACGCGGCGACGGCUCUCUCCCCGAUAAAAUUGUUUGGCUUGUCCCGCUUCAGACUGUACCCGAUGAUCCUGUAGCUCAUUGUACUCGGCGGGCUGCUUCCAGGCGCGCCUCUACUACUCGACCCACACCUGCCAUCAGCAAAAAUCUGAAGGAACGGAACAAGCAGGAUUCUGUUGUCGUUGUCCUCGACUCUGGCGAUGAGGCGGAGAAGCAAAAGCCACUCACAGAAACGGACGAGCACCCACCCCAACCAAGCAAUAACAAACAGGAAGUCGACAAUGGAGCCACGUCCUGUGUGUCGUGGUCCGACUCCAACGUAUCGCGCUCUGAAGCAGAAGAACAUUUCGAGGAUGCGCUCACGAUGACCAUGGUCGCGCUCUUACUCCACACUGCAUCUCAACAAGAUGGACCGUCUUCCUCUCGGCCAUUCAAACGCGGUGAUGUUGUCGAGGUGACCGACGCGUUGAUGCUGCAGCAGGAACUGGCAUGUUACAGGGUUGUGACAUGUGUGGGCAUCACAGACACAACAUUUUACAGGAUAUCCCCCGCUCACCAGAGCUUGCGGACCAAAUUACCCGAUGUGCAGAUACCCGUCAGGAGACAGUCGGGACCCCCCAAGAAGCCAUUUUCCACCACUGCACCAACCCGCGAGAAGACCAAGGAACAGAAGAGGUCGCGAUCGGACAGUGUGCCAACAUGCGAGAAGGGAUUAACGCCCAGCAAGGCGCGGAAGAAGUCGCGAUCGGGCACCGUACUAACAUGCGAGAAGGGAUCGACGCCUAGCGGGGCGCGGAAGAGGUCGCGGUCGGGCGACGCGGUACUGGAUGGUGACUCUGAUGAAGGCGUGGUUUUGAUACCGGAGAGCUCAAAGGACAAGAAACGGACAAGGAGGGACGAGCAGGGCGUUAACAACUCCCCCACACAACUACCCAAGCCUUGGUCGCAUCAAGCUCUCAACUCCGGAGACCUCGACCCGUUGAAGUUCCAUGCUCCAGCACAGAAAUGGAAACGCAUUCUAGACAGUCGGAUCUCUCGCUCAGGCUCAUGCAACAGGGUUGACUACAUCUGCAAUGUGUGGUGCUCCCUUCCUACAGCACCUUCAUCCGCGACCUCCAUAUCGGGAACACCAUCGUCAUCAGACGGCACUACUGGCUCGACGACUGGAAGCGAUACCAUAACUCGACACAUUUGCAGGAUUAACACCAUCCAACGUGUCCAAAUUCGGGCUGUCUGCGCUGAGUGUGAGAACGACUACAGGUCUCAGAUGUGUAUGUUUGGAUGCAGUUCGCGGAGGUGGCGGACGCAGGUUGAGAUGGAAUGCACGAUUAGCGACGGGACAUCCGUUGCUGAGCUGCGACUUGGUAGUGAUCAAGAAGCUGUUAUGUGGACUCUACUGGGGCUGAAGGAGGCGAGCAGGGACAGAAGUGUUAGUGUGACGGGCAAAGACAGCGUGACAUCAGUUGUAGGAGGAGACGGCAGGGACAAUGUAGACAAAGUUGCUGCCCAGCCAGCAGACCUUCACGAGGAACAUCGGAACAAGGUGCUCAGGAUAUUAGCACGGCGAGGCAACCUCACAUUCAAGUCCGGCCCUGCUCCUGACUUGACUUCUUCGAGUUCAUCAAGGAGCCUACUACCGAACAAGGAGAAGGCCGCCGUUGCGGUCGUGCCACAGAAGGGCCACGUCGAGAGCAUUGAUCUGGAUCGAUCCCAGCGGGCGACAACGGAGGAGAAACUGUGGCUCGAUAUCUGCACAGUCCACCCUCGGAAGCAACAGUCGUUUGUGUUGUACGCGACAACUUCGCCUAUGGAAGAGAAUGGGUCGACUCCCUCCCAGUCAGCGCUCAGCAGAGGGGCGGCGAAAAGGAGGACAGUGCUGAGAAAGUCACGCGUGCAGAUUCAAAAACGGAAGAAGAUAGAGUCCCUUGUCCGACCACCUCUCAUUCUUUGGGCCGUCGCUGCAGAAUGGAUCCGGCCCCAUUCCGAGACCAAGAUGCUGCUUAGCCGGCUCCUCCCACAACAACAACACCAGCAACAACAACAACCAUCGUAG